AUGGAACAAAGUGACGCAAGUAAUAGGAAAAACGCCACUGAAAAUGUUAGUACAUAUGCUAGUAAUACAGUAAUGAAUGGAGGACCCAAUAAAUAUAGUACUGGUAGCUUAAUAGAUACUUCUGCUGAUAUGAAGUCGCAAACUGAUACAGAUUCUACUGAAUCCUUGAAAGAGGUUAAUAAAAAAGGUCCUGAAUUAUUUGACGAUGGUAAGCACAUCCUGUAUCCAGAACUCUCGAGAUCCUUUCCUAUGAAAACUGUAGAUAGGUUAAUUGACGAUAUAAUAUGUGAUAUAUCCUUCAUUACAGAUUUUGAUACGACAAACAGUGACUCUACAGAGAAGUCUCGAGGUCAACUAAGACUUUCUCCUUUAACCUACUCUCAUAAACGACAAAACAUGGACACAUAUGCUGUCGGUAGUUUUGUUGAUCAAAUAUCAUUACAAACAAAAUAUGAAUACAAAUCUGUUACAUGUCCUGAAUAUAAUAAAAUUAAUGUGUACUAUGGUAUUUUAGUUAACCCAAAUCUUUCAUUACAGGAUCAGGAUCAGGUUAUUGACGUUCCAUUCUACCAUUUGAAAAUAUCCGUCAAGACUCGUCCAUAUUUAGAAACUAGGAUGAAACAAGUAGGCGUUACACAGUACCAUCUAGUUGAAAAUUUGCAUGAACUGGAUGAACCCGAUUUUCCUAACUUUCACAAAGAGAAUCCAUUAUUGGUUGAUUAUGCAAUUUAUGCGUCGAAUGAUACAAAUAGGAUAAUUAUUAUCGAAAUAUUUCAGUCAGAAUUUUUAUCUCCGGAGGAUGUGGCAAGUUUUAAAAGGGCAAACAUUAUAUUGCGAUACCAGGAGGCCCAAAAUCGUUUGGGAGACGAACUUCCUGAAACUACCAUCUCACCAGCAGAUUGUUUCAACACAAUGUUCAAGAUAUUUAGAGGUCCAUUAAAUCGUCGCAAUGCUAAUGAUCCAGUAAGAACUAUCGAUAAAGAUAAUAUAUCCCUAAAUACACACAUUAAUCCAGACUGGUUGAUAUCAAAAUAUAAUUUUGUUCUAAACGAACAGAAAGACGAAGAUACGGGUAAUAUUUCAAGCGAAUAUGAACCUCCUGAACUUUCUACAUACUUGGAAGAUACAAAAGUGAGAUCACUUAGAGAUACUUACAUAAGGAGAUGUAUGGAACUUGCAUUUAGAGGCCAACUUGCUAUAAAGGUUGCCAAAAAGGAUGAAUUGGAAGCGAACAUUAAAACUCGUAACGCCCUCAAUUCUUUACAUACUCAUUUCUCAAUAUCUCCAUUAUAUCAGGUAUGUGGCGAAUCCAAUUCAUUAAGAUUCUUAAACUCUGAUACCCAAAAUUCUUUAGAUCUCAAUUUCCAUUUCAUUAAUUUGUCAACAAAAGGAUAUUACAGUGAUAGGGAUGUCAUCAGAAAUUAUGAAACUUUAAUCUCGUUAGACACUAAAAAUAUUGGUAUUUAUUACGAUGCGUUAUCCUACAUCGCCAAUGCUAAAGGAGCGUAUCAGUUAGUGGCAUAUUGUGGAAAACAAAACAUUGUUGGAAAGGAGGCGCUGGAUAAUGCAUUGCGUGUAUUCAAAAUAGAUCCCACCCAGGUCAAUAUCGCAGACAUGAAUGAGAAACUCUUAUUAUCCAUUUACAAACACGAGUCUCUCAGUACAGAUUCUACAGCACACACUGAUCUUAAAAAUGCAGCUAGGGUUUUGGCCAAGUAUAAACAAUCAGAUUUAUUAAGAUUUUAUAUAGAUUACGAGCCAUAUGGUUUGGUUGAGCAAGCUUAUAGAACCUUAGAAAUAGAUGAAUCAGUGGACGAUGAUAUCGUCCAAACAGCCUAUUCAAUCAAAGUCAACGAUGCACCCGGUCUCAAGAUUGACUGCAGUCGUGCAUUAUACACAGUAGCCAUUCACAAAAGAAGCUUGUCUUUAUUCAAUUUUUUGAUUUGCGAAUGUCCAAUUUUUGAACAAUUUUAUAGUCCUGAGAAGUAUUCUUACCAAGAAGCACUGAACUUACUUCAGGUUAACGAAAAUGCAAACGAUGAGGUAAUUCUGAAUGUAUUUCAGCAACGCUGGAACAAUGAAUCAAUUAUCGAACCAGAUAGAUUGUUAAACCUAAAGGCAGCAUUAACUAAACUUGGAAUUGAGAAAAGAUCUAAAUUAAUAGAUUAUUUCUUAAAAACAGGUACUAUUGAUCCAAACUGUCUUCCUCCAGAAAAUUGGCCUACUGGUUUGAAUAACAUAGGUAAUACUUGUUACUUAAAUUCUUUAUUGCAAUAUUAUUUUAGCAUUGCCCCAUUACGUGAAUAUAUUUUAGAUUAUCAGAAUACAAUUCAAGACUUUGAGUCUAAUACCAGUAAAUUAAAGGAGAAGAGAAGAAUUGGUGGUAGAGAGGUAAGUGACAAUGAAGUAGAAAGAUCUAUCCAAUUUACAUAUCAACUUCGAGAUUUAUUUCGUAAUAUGAUAUACACUAACUCAAGGUGCGUGACGCCUACUCACGAACUUGCAUAUUUAGCAUUUGCACCAAGUAAUGUUGAGGUAGAAUUCGAGAUUACAGGUGUUCCUAUCUCUGAGGAAAACAUGAAAAAAAAUGAAAAACAUGAUAUCCAAGUCAUUUCCAAUUCAAUUGCAGGAUCUGAGGAAGAUAUUGACGAAGAAAAGUCACCUAACGAUGUCACUCCAAACUUAAUCGAUAUGAAUGAUGCUGAUUAUGAUAUGAUGAAAGAUGAAAAACGAAACAAGAUAGAAAUUAAAAACGAUAUUGCUAGCUCCAGUAAAGUUGCCAAGAUUAGUACCGACCAACUUGAAAAUGCACUUGAAAUGGGUAGACAACAGGAUGUUACAGAAUGCAUUGGUAAUGUCUUAUACCAAUUAGAAAGUGCAUCUGAACCUAUUAAUCUUGAUGAUGAAUUAGAACAAUACGAUUUAAUCAAAAAUUUAUUUUACGGAAAAACAAAACAAGAAAUCAAACCAAUUAACGAUUCUACCAAAAUUCGUGCCAAAUAUGAACGUUUUCUUUCUCUGCUUGUUAACGUUAGCGAUCAUCCAAGAGAUAUUUAUGACGCAUUGGAUUCCUCGUUUAAAGAUGAAUUACUUACGAUGGAUGAAUAUGGUGAUGUGAAGCGAACUGUAUCGAUAACCUCUCUCCCAACCAUUUUACAAGUUCAGAUCCAAAGAGUUUAUUACGACAGAGAAAGGUUUAUGCCUUUUAAAUCUAUCGACCCUGUAAAAUUUACUGAUAAACUUUAUAUGGAUCGAUAUGUUGAGUCAGAUAAUACGGAACUCCUCAAUAAGAAGAUAGAAACUACAAAGAUGAAACAAAAAUUAAAAAAAUUAAGGGAAAGACAAAUAGAACUACUAAACAGAAAUGAAUCCGGGCUCUCUAGAAAGGAGGCAUUCAUGGAGACAAUUAAGUUUUUGAAAUCGGAUACAUUAGAACUACAAGGAAUUAAAAUUGAUGAUAAGGAAGAGCUUCGAGAUAAUUUGUCCCAUCUAAUUGAUGAAGUGAAUAAUGAAUUGAAUUCUAUUUACAAUGAAAUUAAUGUAUUAGAGAAUAAAGUUACACAUCAAUUUGAUGCUUUCCAAGAUGUCGAGUAUACAUUAUUUGCAGUAUUUAUUCACAGAGGUGAAGCGAGCUAUGGACAUUACUGGAUUUACAUAAAGGAUCCAAAUGUCACCGGUAUAUGGAGGAAAUAUAAUGACGAGACGGUAACUGAAGUCAGUGAAUCAGAGGUAUUCAAUUUUACAGAAGGUAAUACUGCUACGCCAUAUUUUUUGGUAUUUGUGAAGGAAGAAGACAGAGAAGGCAUAGAACCCCUAAAGAGAAUAUUGGAUGUUCCCGAAGUAGAAAAACUAGAUUGA